AUGGAUACAACUCCCACUCGCGACCCGUCGCGGUCCACAAUCACACCGGACCGCGAUGCGCACGGUGGAAAUGACAGCGAUGAUGCCGGCGUCAAUUCGCCUGCCAUAUUGACGCCAGGCGCAAAGAUUCGGGCCAUUAUGGCAGCGUAUGAUUCUGAUUCUGAUUCUGAUCCCGGUUUGGGGGGGCAGCGGGAGAAGGGGCUGGAAAUUAACCACUCAAGUCGCCCUACUAAUAGCAGCCACAAUCAUGCUGCCAGCAAGAAGACAGAGAAGCCUGUGUCAAGGCCAUUGUUUACACCAUUUACUUAUCAUCCUCAGGAUGAUGACGAUUCUAUGGAUGAAGAGGAAGAGGAGUUACCUGUGCAGCCCAAGGGAAGGAUGGCGGCAAGGAUGCAGGCGUCAGCGGCGGAGCUGGGUGCAGCUGUGCCCCAGAGGGACAGCUCGCAUGAGCGGGGUUUGAUAGGGUUGAUACAAGAGCCGGAAGGUAUUACUGAGGGUGAUAAGGGUGUUCCCCCUCCGGUUUCUGAGGAUGAGGAGGAGGAGGAGGAGGAUCAAGAUGUUCGCGCACCUGGAAGGAGGAAAAUAUCUGCUGUAGCAAUGGAGUCGCGUCGUUCGUAUUCUCCCCUCUUUGUACCGGAGGGGUCGCCCGGACUUAAUGCAAUUACGGGCGGAGCCAUGGAGACGGACGAUGAAGUCCAAACAAGCACAAGGAGAGCCCGUCCGAGUCGCGGACGGAGAUCUGCCUCGAUAGUUUCGAACCGAUCAUUUUCGCCCCUGUUCGUCUCUCAGGAUUCUCCCAUUGCGAAAAGAGACUCUGAUAAUAUGCGGGAUGUCGUGGAAACGGAUGAUGAGGAUGGGGGGAUCGGAUCAAAAGCCCAUAAUAGGCUUAUGGCUCUCGUUGAGAAGAAGCGAAAGGAACGCGAAGCCCGCGAACAGCUAGAGGCAGAGAAGAAAGCCGCCAGGUUACAAAGAUCGAGCGAGCUAGAAGAAACGCUACUAAGCUCUGAUCGACUCAGCGACGACGGUGAUGAUUCGGAGUCUGGGAGGAAGUUAACGCAACAUUCGCGCCCCUCUGUGCGAAAAGCAAGUAAGAAGGCAUUGCUGGAGAUGAAUCGCGAGACUCAACGUAUGAGUCGUAACAUGCAGCUGGCACACCAGGCUGUGACGAAGAAGAAGAUCACGCUAGAUAGCUUUUUGGCUAAAUUUAAUAGCAGAAGUUCGUCGAUGAAUGCGACUGCGACUACAACUCCUGCAACUGCUUCGUCGGAUCGUGAGGAAUGUCAACAUAGGCAUAGCAGCACACCUCCCACUUCGCCGCUGGAAGAGGGGAUUUCAGAGGGCAAAUCCCUGGAUGUGGCUGCCAAAGAUAACGGAAGUGGAGUUAACGUGUCGAAUGAUGAUGACGACCCUUAUCUUCCAUCCGUGGCAGAAGUAUUCGCUGCAUCCGUUCGGGAUUCUCACGCACAAGUUGAUCCCUCUCGUCUGGAGCGGCGACAAUCGAAAGCGCCCUCCGUUGCUCCAGCACCCGAAGUAUCCAAUAAAACAACACGACCCGUUCGUGUCCGUCUCUCCCGCCAAUUGGUCGCUGAGAGUCAAAAGAACGACGCCGAUUCUGAUUUGGAAAUCAUCACUUCUCCUGCUAAAACCCGUCGCAUCGCUGUGUUUGAGAAUCUUCCGGCGCGUAAUAACCAGUCAUCCUCCACAUUGCUGAAACUUAGAGCUCUAGCGCAGCUCACGUCUCCGCCGCGCCACGGACAUACAGCCAUGAUGACCCGGAGUGAACUGGAUAGCGACCUGUUCAGACGCGCACGGCUGCAGGCGUUACAAGAACGGCAGGAGAAGAUUGAGCAGUUGAGGGCCAAGGGAAUUGUUAUUGAGAGUGCGGAGGAACGUCAGCGUGUUAAUGAUGAGGUUGAGGACCUGCUGGAGAAAGCUAGGGGGGAGGCAGAGGAGAUUGCGAGGAGGGAAAAGAAAGCGGCGAAGAAGAAUGGGGAAAAUGUGGAUGUCGUUGAUGUGGAUGAUAGUGAAGAUGAGGAUUAUGAGGGAGCGGACGAGGCGGAGGGCCUUUCUAGGUCCGAGGAAGAAGAUGGAGAGGACAUUACGGUCAGUGAUGAGGAGGAAGAGGUAGAAGAGGAAGAGGUAGAGGAGGAAGAGGAAGCCGAGACAUUAGAAGAAGGUGACAAGUCCGUUGAUGAGAGAGAUGAGGGUACCGGGUUCAUCCGUAAUGAGGCAGACGAAGCUGAGGCCUCUGAAGGCGAAAGUGAAGGGAGCGAAUUCGACGAUACGCAAAUAAACAGAAGAAGCGGGAAUUUCCCACGGAGAAACCGAAGGAAUGUUCUUAGCGACGAUGAUGACGAUGAUGAUGAUGAAAAUGGAGACGUAGAUGCCAUUCCCAACCCACAAGAAACACCAGCCCGACUAUCCUCCCAGCCUCUCAUCCCCGACCUUGGAGCCUUACGGACACCAUUAAUGAACCUAACGCAAGCAUUCGGUGCUACUUUUGCGGAUAGCCAGGAUAUCGAAGAGGACUCUCUCGCCGCGCUUCGCAGAAUGCCAGAUACUGAGUGCCCCGUUGAUCAACUUUUGCUAGAGCGAGACUCACAGGAAAUUGUUCGUGACAGCCAAGGGCAGGAUUCCGUCCCGCUCGAUUUGUUUGCGAGUUAUCCACGAGCCGAUGGCGAGGACCGGGUGUCAGAGUCCCCUGCUGCUAGGACGAUCACAUCGUACUCUCAGGCGCCUGAACCUACGCAAGAUGCUGGCUUUGUAUAUUCCCCUUUUGACCAAGGGAAGAGAUUUACUGAUGCGCACGCACUGGUGCCAGCAUCCACCAUUGAUACGGUGCCAGUUGCUGAUGAUGGAUCUCCUAUUGCCCGACGGGCUGGUCGAAGGCUCCUGCGCCGUGGACCUGUGGCCGAUCUUUCUGACGUUGAUGAGAACAGCGAUGAUGAUGAAGGGCUCCUAGUCAAAUCUGACGCCUUUGAUGUUAUGCGCAAGGCUGUGAUCAAGAAGAAGCAGAAUGCUGCCCAGAUUCUCUUUGACAAGUCGAAAAGUAGGGCGCGCGAUGUUGUUGAUGAGGUGGCUGAGGAGUCUGAGGAUGAAUAUGCGGGGUUGGGAGGGGCGAGUGAUGAAAGUGCUGAUGAGGAGGACGAUAUCGAUCUUGGUAUGAUUAAUGAUGAUAGUGGAGAGGUGGUUGACGAGAAGGAGUUGGCGGCACUUAAUGCAACUCAUUCAAGACAGCAAGACGAGCAGCAAGUCAAUAAACUGAUGAGGGAUAUAACUACUGGUGCACUUCGGCGCAGGCGCGGAGCAGGUGGUGACGACUUGGAUCUUUCCGAUUCCGAUGAUGAGCGUCUCGCAGCACGCCGUCGUGCAAAGAGAAGGGAAUUCGCCAAGAUGCGCAAGGCUCUCCUGGCUGAUGAAAAGAUAGGGCAGAUCGCAGUGGAUCCGAAAAAAUCUGCUUUCUUGCGCACUAUCGAAGAUAGGGAUGUGGACAGUGAUGUGCAGAUGAUGGAUUUCAUGGAAGGCGGAGAUGUGAGCAGUUCGCAGGACACGUCACAGGACAAUACUAUCGGCCGCCAUCAAAACCACGCAGGAGUGAACGAUCAUUCUGCCGAGCAGGACGAUGUUUCCAUAGCCAACAACAAGCGCAAGCGCCCACUUGACCAGUCGGGUCCCGAUAUGCUGAAUCGUGCGCCGUCGCACAUGCGUCGUACAGCGGAGAGCGCGAUCAGGAACAAGCCCUUGACGCUCGCUGAGAUCCGCGAGUCGGUAUCUUUCCUCCUUGAUGGGGUCGAUUCUAAUGCCUCAGAACCACCCGAUGAGGAUAUACUACUCUCCGAUGAGCAGAUGGAUGGCGAGGCCUAUUCACGACACGGUGAAAUCGCCGACGAACAGCAGGAAGAAAAUAACCUGGAAACCCACCCCUUCCCCGCUGACAAUAGCGACAGCAACGACAAUCCUAUCCAAUCAACCACCAGUGACACGGGCUCCAACACUAACCACAUCCACCCCCGCCGCCGCCAGCGCGGCAAAGUCGUCGACCGCCUCUCACUCCGCAGACAAGCAUCCUCCAAUGCCGCCCGCACUUCCAACACCUCAACCCCCACAACAAUAACCACGACUUCAGGCACCCGUCAGGCCUUCUUCGCCAACGACAGCGCGCCAUUCUUCAAGCGUCCACCACCCCUGAUCCGGCGCGCAACAACAUCUUCGUCAUCUUCGUCAUCUUCAUCCUCUUCCGCGGCGAGCUCGUCGGUGACGUAUGGCGCGGGUUUGGCGGUGUCGGUGACGGAGUCACGAGCGGGAGUUCAGUUGCACGGUGGUAAUGGGAAGAAGGGGUCUGUGAACUACUAUGCAGCGGCGAGGGAGAGGCAGAGAGAGUGGGAGCUCAGGAGGGGGGAGAAAAUGGACAGCCAGAGUGGGAAGGGAGUGGGAAACGGAGGGAGGCCGGCCGGAGGUGUUUUGAGGGGAUUGCUAGGGGGUGGGGGUUGGGAGUGA